GAAGAAGGGAAAGGAAACGAGGAUAUACAAAUAAGAAUUGAGAAGCACCCAAGUACAAAGGACGCGUGAAAAAACCCGGAAGUGUUCUUGCUAUCGAGGAUGCAUCGAGUGCAGACUUGCGCGCUGAAGUCGCUAUUGCGGCAAAACAAUGCCCGAGGAUCUCGUUCUUCUAUACUCUUUGUUAUUAUGAAGCGAUUGCGAAUAUGCGAGAGGGUUGAUCCCCCGAUGUUUAAUUUGUGAAUACGGUCUUGCAGCAGAAUAUGUUUGAUUCGUGAAUACACUUCAACAUGAUACAUUACUGGUCGUCGUUUUUACCUUAAACACCCAAGUUAGCUGAACAUGAAGACGACCAUUUUACUCUUCAUCAUCUCUUUAUUUAUCAACGGUGUUGUUACACAUGAGUCAGUGUCCGUGAUGGAGGGAGAUUCUGUGACUCUAUACACUAAUACUGUAAUACAUAAAGGUUAUCUGAUCGAGUGGAGGUUUGGAGAUGAUCAUUAUCUCAUAGCUAGAGUCAACGGUGGUACCAAUAGAGUUAAAAUAUAUGCUGAUGUUCUUAAUGGGAGAUUCAGAGACAGACUGCAGGUGAAUGAUCAGACUGGAGAUCUCACCUUCACAAACAUCACAACUCAACACACUGGACUUUAUCAACUAGAGAUCAUCAACAUGGGGAAUACAACAAAGACAUUUAACAUUAAUGUGUUUGGUGAUAAAGUGAAGACAGUGAUGAUGGGAGAUUCAUUCAUUCUACACAAUAAUGUUAUCAAGAAAUCAGGAGAUGAGAAAAUUGUGUGGAGGAUUCAACACAACAGCUCUACUGUAGCUGAAAUAAUCAGAAAUGGAAAGGAGACAAAUGAUAAAGUUCAUGAUGAGAGAUUCAGAGGCAGACUGAAGGUGGAUGAUCAGACUGGAGAUCUUAUCAUCACAAACAUCACAACUGAAGACUUUGGAUCUUAUGAAGUAGAUAUCACUGUCGGCAGACACACAUAUACUAUACACAGAUCAUUCACUGUCAAAGUUGUCUCGUCUUCGUGUGGAUUUAUGCCUAUUUGUGUAUCCGGUUCAUCUCCAUCUCCAUCACAAGGAAUUCACCCACGAGCACUAGGAUCUGCCACCGUAGCCUUUGUCUGUCUCUGGACUGCCCAUUAUAUCAUCUGUUUCACAUUCAUUAAUAAACUGUUAACCUUUCACCUGCAUUUGCCUCCUAUCUUUUAUACCUGUCGUCACAAGAACAGAGUCAAUGAGACAGUCCGGAUGAACGAGAAACGUGUUGGUGGUGCUAAUGAUGAUGGUGCUGCUGCUGGUGCUGAUGAUGAUGGUGGUGGUGGUUCUGCUACUGAUGAUGAUGGCGCUGCUGCUGCUGCUUCCAGAAGAGAAGAUCCAGAGGAGAAGAGAGGAGGAGAUAGAGAUGUUGAGUUUGCCUAAAAGCAGUCAGUAGCAAAACUACAGAAUCAUCAGCAUUUUUAACACAUUAAUUUCGGUAAAUUACCAUGAAUUUACCAAAAUGACUUUUUUGUUCUCACAAGCAGUGACGUUUUGUCUUUUUACUAUUAAGACAUCAUUCCCACAUCAGUGCCAAAAUAGCGGUAAACUCUGUGAGAAAGUAGAAGUUACCUCUCAGUGUUCUAUUUGUAAACAAUAUUGCGUUAUGUAACAGUGCCGGGAUAAACCUGUCAUCUGAGGCCCGUUUCAGAAAGGAGGUUAAGUGAAAGUAUGUUAAGCCUGAAUAAGAGAAACUCUGGGUUUUUCAUUUCAGAAUGGGAGGUAUGUUUAACCUGAUACAGUGUGGUAACUCAAGCCUGUUUCAGAAGGAAAAGUAACUUAUACUCCGAGUCUGAUUUUAGGGUAACUUACUCUGUGAACCUAACCUUGUCAAGAGCAGGUUUUAUCUCCUCCACAUUUUUAAAUGUAUGUCAUUAGUUCAUUUACUACAAUCAUUCAUUCAAUUAUUACUUACACUGUAAAACAGUGUUUUAGCUGUCUUUAAGUUGUAAUCAAAUUGCCAGUGCAAGUCAUUUUAACUUACUACUUUAUAUACAACGAUCAGCCAUAACAUUAUGACCACAUGCCAAAUCAGAACCAGCAUUAACUUUUUCAACAAUGUCAGCUACAGUUCCUCGUCUGUUGGAUCAGACCACACAUGCCAGCAUAUUCUCCUCACAUGCAUCACCGAGCCUUGGCCGUCCAUGACCCUUUCACCGGUUCACGGCUUUUCCUUUUGUCCAUGGGCGUUUUUGGAACCGAAAAAGUAGAUUAACUUUGUUUAAAUCAUAGUUAAGUGUAUCAUAAACGACACUGAGCUGCGAUGCUAUGUAAAAUGUGUGGUAUAAACAACGUUUGAUUCACAUUGAGACAGCGACCUAUCUCUGAGCCUGCAUUCCCAGCAAUGAGUGUUGUAAAGAACUCAUAAUGAACAUGAAUAUACUUUAAAUGCAAAAUAUACUUUUGUACAAUUUGAAUUUACUUGAUUUGUGAUUUACAUAAUUGAUCUACAUAAAGUUAUUCCCAAGCUUAACAAUUUUGGUAAUUACCAGUUGUUCUGGAUCUAUGAAAAUUAUGAGAAUUCAGAUGUGGACCUUUGAUUGUAAACUUUGAGAACCCCUUUCAUAGAAGGUAUGUAACUUUAUUUAGUGCCAAAAUUAAACAACCCUAAUAUUUGCCUUCAAAAUGUUAUGGUCAAUUAUUACCUUAUUUGAAAGGGUCAUGAAUAAUAAUGUUGAGCUCUGCUCUGAUUGGCUGUUUGUCAGAGCAGCUCCUUAAGUAGCUCUGUGUGUGUGUGUUAACUGACCUCAUAUGAGUCCGUAUCAGAUGAAGAUGCAGAUUUUGAGGAAUAAUCAACUGUUUGUACAUUGUAAAUGGACAUUUCUGAUUAUCUGUGCCAUCUGAAAUACACGAUUUGAAAUAUUAACUGAAGAUAGUUUGUCUUGGUCACUGUAACCUUUUUAAGGUAAUGUCAGUAUUGAUGGUCCUUUAAUUUAUUGUAUGUAAACCUACUUAAUGGUGCAAUCUAACUGGUUCAGUGUUACUUAAAUAAACUUUUUUUGUAAAAA